AUGCCAAACUCAACCUUCGAACACAGAGAAAUACCACAAUAUUACGAUAUCUCAUCCCCUUCGAGAAGUAACGCACAUGGCUCUGAUAAGCCGCAGAUGCAACGAUUAACAUUCGUGAAAAACAGCAAGCACUCAAUACGGAAACUAAACGCUGAAAACUCAGCUAAGCACCGUCAAGCAAUAUUCACAGAGGCCGAGCGCCAGUAUAUGAGCAACCAAGUUAUCGAUUCUGUACCAGGUCGAGACUCGUCACAAGCUUUACUUGAUGUUGAGAGAUUCGAGUGUAUUUCCCACUGCAGUACCGAGUUUUCCUACUUUCGAGGGCCCUUUGGUGUCUCCAGGAUAUGCGAGCCAGCGGCGGACGAAACGGUGUUCAACCCCGAAGAAAUAGAUCUACCGCUUGACGAGUGGACAAUAGAGCCAGAUGUCAGUAAUGCCUUUUCUCACACCGAGCUAGAUCUGGAGCUUAUCGCAACCAUUUUCAAAGCUUCGGACCAAGAAAACCCUCAAAAUAAUGAAGACUUCGAUGCACAGCUAUGUGGUCUUGAACCAGCAGGCCCCGAACACGUUCAAUCGGAUAGUUCAUCGCCACUGCGCCAUAUCGAUCAUUCUAUUUCACUUUUCGGAGAUAAUAUGGAAGCCUGGUCCAUUCUAUCACACUACAAGGAACGCAUUGUCCCACUCAUAUCACCUUUGGGAUUUGGCCAGGAGGCCUCGUGGCUGAACCUGGUAAUGCCUUGCGCUAUUAACACCCUUGGCAACCUUACAACAAAUGGCUCUGCCAGUCACCCGAGACUCGCUAUACUUAAUGCUUUACUGAGCACGAGCGCCUUCUACCUCGACUAUAGUUCUAAAUCCCAUGGAGCCCGCACAUCCACUGGGGAUUUCUACUUAAAGCGCGCUAUACAUCAUUUCGUCAAAUGCAUGGAAGAGACGUGCAUCUCACCCAUUAAAGUCUCGAAAUAUAAAGAGAUAGUAAUGGUAUUGUUAAGUCUCUCAAUAACCUAUAUGAUCCAGGGAAACUCCGAAGAACGACUAUCCUGCCUAAUCCAAGCCGAGAAAUACAUUUCAAUAAAUGGCUUUAACAAACCCACGCUAUCUUCCAAGCGAAGAACACUCCAUCACUGCUACGCAUACAUGCGCAUCAUGGCAGAAACAACGAGCAUCAACGAUAACUCAGAAGCACGCGGUUCCACACAUCCAACAAGCGAGAAAAUGGUCUACACCGAGUUCCGGCUCUACCCAUCCAUCACAUUCUCAUAUAAUAUCAUGGCCAUGGAGAAAGAUCCAGCUGUCGCGCAGCGAGAUCUUCACCUCGCUGUACCGGGCCGGUGGAGCUUAACGUUAUUCCCGAAAAUAUACGGUAUUGCCGAGAGUUUCCUCAUGCUUUUAUCACAGGUGAUACGCCUCGCGAACGAAAGGGAUCUAUCGAUGCAGAAAGGCCCUGAAAUGGGGAAGCUAAAUAUUUCUGAUUUUUGGGUUCGAGCGAAGGCACUUGAGAAAGCAAUUCGUGUUCUGUUAUCAUGUACUUCAUCUCGUCAAGCUGAUGAAUUAUUCGAUGAUAGACAGAUUGAGAUUGGGAAUCCAAGGGUGAAGGCAAUGUACACGGCGCUCUUGAUAUUUUUUUACCGUCGGAUUUAUGAUCUUGAUCCCGCCUUGCUACAAGGCGAUGUCAUUGCUGUACAGGGCUUUUUGGAGCAGAUACAAAGAGACGCAGAAGGGCGAGAUAGAAAUAUGGCGAUGCUCAUUUGGCCGGCGUUUAUUUCUGCGUGCGAGGCUGUGCAACUUGAAACGCAGGCAUUCUUCUCAUCAUGGUUUGAGUGCUGCUUUGCUGUUACGGGACUCAAGAACGCUUCUAUCGCCAGGAGUAUUAUAGGGAUUAUAUGGGCUAAUAGGCAAGAAGAUGGCUUAGCUGGGGAUAAUUUCAGCUGGCCAGAUGUGUUAAGAGCCACUAAGAUGAGGCUGAUGUGCACGUAA